AUGGCGAGCUCAUCCAGGACCAUCUCACAAACGGUCUGGGAAGCGCAAAAAGAGACGAUUCUGCACCUACGAUUCACUGAAGGCCUUCCUCUGUCGAAUAAUAAGAAUGGCGGUAGGACGGUGAUGCAGGUUAUGCGCGAGGACCAUCAAUUUGAAGCAACCCAGUCGCAGUAUGAGCAACAAUUGAAAAGAUGGGGCGCUGCUAAACAUAUGAAGCAGAGUGAUUGGAAAUCAAUCCUCCCCAUCUAUAGUCGUCUAAAGCAACGAGGUCUCAGUCCCCGAAUUAGACUUGGAGAGACUGUCUUGGACGAAAGAAGGGUGAUCAAAGCACAACGACGCUACUUCGGACAAUCGGAUCAAGUGCGCAUCGUUUCAACAACGCCGAGAAUGUCUUUUGCACAGAACAACCUUCUCCGGCUAGAUGUUCGCCAGCACAGUGGCGAGUAUGUAGAGUACUCGGAGUUUGAUGCAACAUUCAAUGCCGAAUUGAUUCCAACUUUGACAGCUCCAGUACAGCCAGCGACUGCUAACUCUCACCGCCAAGAUCAAAACAUACAAGACAGUCAGAUGUUGGAAACAGGCAGCCGUUCCAAUCCCACCCUUGUCCCUGAGAUCGAUAUGCAGAACGACUCUCUCCCGAUAGAGGUUCAUUUGCUCAGUGGCGAGCAUCUGGAGUACUCAGAGUUCAAUGAAGUGUUUAAUGCUGGGAGGACUUCAGGUUUGACAGUCCCAGUACAACCAACGAACAUUACCCGUAAUGCCCAGUUUCAAGCGCUACAAAACGAUCCGACAUUGGCAUCAGGCAGCCUUUCUAGGUUUGCCACACUCAGCCCUGGGUUGGAUAUAUUCCGACCUAAUACAUCACCCCUGGAUAUUAAGUGCGACGAUGGAGGCAUUUCUCUCAGGUCCGUUAUGCAACAGCCUUUGUCACCUAGUGACCCGGGCAUUUUUCUCGAAUCUUUUGCCCUGAUGUCCCCGGCACGAAGCGUAACACAUGUGAAUGAGAGAAUUAGAACUCCAGGCCUAACAAGAUCAAUACGAUUACUCUUUAAGCCCUACGUGGAUUCGAUACUCGAUAGCAUCAGCCCAGAUAUUGAGCAAACUGAAAACGAAUUUGGGAAUAUCAAUGCUCAAAUGAUAGCGACCAGGUUAGAACAUCUUUUGUUCGAGGAUUCUGGUCACGCUUCUAAAUGCACCUCUAGCUUGAUGUCCCAGAUAUCUUAUGCUGUCUCUCAACUUCCCCGGAUUGUUAUAUCUUGUUUCGUCAAUAACCUUGCUGGCCUCGACGAGUUUCCGCUUUGUCUUCUUUUUGGGUUAAUUAAGGCCGAUGCGAAUGUGAGGGAAAGCCUUCUCUCAGGCCUUAGGUCAAGUAAUGUCAUAUUUGCAACAGCACUUCUCGAUUGUGCCUUGCGUUCUGCAAUUCGGGCUGGCGACGAAGAUAUCUUAGCUAUCAUAUUGGAAGUGACAAAGGGGAACAUAACCAAAAUCGACCUCAAUUCUACGGUCUAUCGUUUCAAUGACAAGCAGUGCAGUCCUCUCGGAUUAGCAGCCAUAUUGUGCUACCCGGGGGUUGUCCAAAAGCUGUUGAACUUCGGCGCAAAGGUCGACGUCGGUGCACUCAAUGAGGUUGUUUGGGAGUGGUACGAUUCUCCUACAGACCGGAAUGAGAAAAGGGACGCAAGACAUCAGAUCAUUGGAAUUUUUCUAGCAAAUGGUGCGAGUGCAGACUGUACAGCGCUGAAAAGAGUUUUGAAAUCUGGUUUUGCCACUGGCAGCACACUCAUAUCCUUAAUCCGCACCACAUUCGGAGAAUCACAUUGGGAAGUGUUUAGAAACUUGGGAAAAGGCUAUUUUGCCAGUGUGAUGAAGGAAUAUGCUUGUGUUGAGACACUCUUCUUCGAGUUUUCGAAAAUCUGCCAAUCGAUGGGCUGCUCAGACAUUUGCAAGAGUGCAUAUGCUGAUAUAUUCGACAAAAUCCUCAGAUACGCCAUCACGGACGGCAAUAUUGAACUCGCGAGCUCUGUCUUGGACCAUGUUCAACCAACAGUCUGGUCGCUUACCGCUGCGAUCCGGACCAAAUGUUUUGAAAUGAUUCAAGUACUUUUGAGUAAAAGGAUCGAUAUCGAUGGCUGUGCGAGACGUUUUGAAAACCUAGCUUUUGACUACAACCACCACAACUGCGGCAGCGACUCCGACGGCAGCCGCGAUGACGACCACGACGACCAUGGGAACGACUACGACAACUGUAACUGUACGCCGCUGAUUGACGGCAAAAAAGGAUGGUAUCGGCCAACCACCCCGUUAGCCGAGGCGAUUCUAUGGCGGAACCAAGAUCUCAUCAGCACACUUGAAGAAUGCGGAGCACUGGACGGAGUGCGCGAUGGAACACCCGGUCACCUCACAGCUGCGCUUGUGGCUGCUGUUAGAGUAGGAGAUGUUCCGCUUCUGAAAAGUCUGCUUCGUCUAGGCGGCGCUUGUAACUUUUAUGAUGAUCUUGAAGUUGCGAUUGCAGAGGCAAUAUGGGCAAGAAAUGUUGAGAUGACUAAGAUCUUGUUCAUGCGUCGCAUGAAUAAGGAUGCUUCCAUGUGGCCGAGGUCCCCAGAUAUUUGCCAUCUAUUGAUAGCUCUGAAAAGGCGUGUCUACGAAAUAGUUUUCUUCCUUCUUGAGUAUGGAGAGGAUUCCCGGGAGAAGGCGCGUGUUGUUCUAGAAGCUGUGAGGUGGGGAGACGAGGCGGUCAUCGAAUGCAUGCAUGACUUGGAGUUCUUUCAACCAGCCACUUUACCGCCGUUGUGGUGGGUCUAUCCACCUCCCGUGUCAGCUCUUGGUGAGGCAAUGGCGGCUGGCAAUGCCGAGCUGGUGAACCGGUUGUUGAACUGGGGAGCAGAUCCAUCUGACCACAUUCCUGUCGCCAUUACAAUUGGAGAUGAGAAUAUGGUACGGUUUUUACUAGACCAAGGCGGAAAAGCCUCUGGGGUUGAACAAGCAAUUUCAAACGGACGAUAUAGCAUCUUGGAGCUGUUGCUUGACCGCGGGGCUGCCCCCGUAUGGCUCGAGCAGACGAUCGAAAGUGGACGGCACGAUAUGAUGUGUUCGCUACUGCGAUAUGGCGCGGAUCCGGCGGAUGAUGGCGCAUUUUCCGUUGCACUAUUAUGUGACGAUAGGAGUUUUUUGAGCACGCUUUCUGACGCUUUUUCAUCACGAUACCCAAAUGGAAAAAGAGGUUUUGGUGUUGGAGCCUUCGAAACUGCUCUGGUUCACUGCGACACCUCUGUAUUGGAACAGUUGCUUGACCUUCAAUUAGAUGUGAACGGUUACAGGCCUGCGUACCCCCACUGGACUCCGAAUAUUCUGCAUAUUGCUAUUCAGCAAGCAAUGGAGGGGGCUAUUUUUGGGGGUGUUGUGCACAAAUGCAAUCCAAACGGGUGCAAAGGUGAUGUGGUGAGGCGAACUGAUUCAGAGUGGGAGGAGAUCCAAACGUUGCUGCUUGAUGCUGGCGCUGACACGGAGAAGGUCAGUGCAGGCUUGACAGCGCUUCUCUGUGCUAUCAACACGCGAAGAAUACAGACUGUGAAACUUUUAUUGGACAGGGAUAUAAACGUGAACCGACCGGUAAAGCGAGGGCUUAGAAGAACGCCUUUACAGCAGGCUUGCGAGAUGGGUGAUUUUGAGAUCAUUAAACUUCUCCUCGGCAAAGGCGCAUCUGUCAAUGCCGCUCCAGCAAUGAACGGCGGCGCUACAGCUCUCCAACUUGCCGCUAUCAAGGGGAGCCAGAGAAUUGUCAGAUUACUCCUCGAUGAAGGGGCUGAUAUUCAUGGGCCGAAGGCUACUUUCAACGGGCGAACGGCCCUUGAAGGAGCAGCUGAACACGGAAGACUGAGUAUACUUAACACGCUACUCACCGAGGGGGCAUCAGGCUUUGGUGCAGAUGAGAUUGAAGGCGCAAUGGCGCUUGCUGAGAACGAAGGACAUCGAGGAUGUGUAGAAAGGCUUAAACUGGCGCUAUAUCGACUAAGCAACGACCACGAAUCCCCGUUAUCGCUGCGUCUUUGA